AUGGAUAGAACAAGACAAGUUUAUGCCAAGCAGAACAGCAACACGGGAACGCCGGUGACACCCUCGUCGCCAAUGGCAUCGCCUCUGAACCGCCACACUAGGAUGGGCUCGACGACUGGCUUGGCCAAUGCCAGGAAGGCGCAGAAUGCAAAAGCUGCAGCGCAGAGGCUGGCGCAUGUCAUGGCACACCAGGCUGCAGACGAGGAUGAUGAAGAGGAUGAUCUUUUGUAUGAUUAUGGUGGCACAAGAAGCCUCGGACUAGGUGGUGGCAGGGCUAUUAGAUCUCGCUCUCCUAUGUCUCUUCGUUGUGUUAAUAAUCAAGAUCAAUCUUCUUCAACAAGAGCAGUUCCUGGUCCUAGAUCAUCAUCAUCAUCUCUAAACAAUUUAGAGAAAGUAUCAUCAUCACCCCAAUCAUCAUCAUCGGGUCUUUCAACUUCAGCUAGUGGAACUCGACUUUUGCAGUCCAUAAACUCUGUCGAACAGCCUCAAUCAGCAUAUUCCGUGGCUCCUAAUAUUCGACGAUUGCAGUCUCCAAACUCUUCUGGACAAUCUCCAUCCAGUUAUUCGGCUACAGCUACUCGAACAUCGCAGCAAAACAAUCCUAAUGAGCAGCCAAAGUCUGCUCGUUCAACGACAUCUUUGCGAUUAUCAUCUCAGUCUUCCAUUGAACAACCCCCUUCUGCUCGUUCUUCGUUAGUUAGCCUUCCUCAUUUAGGAAUUAAGACAGUUUCCAUGGUUCCAGCUAGUGUUCCAAUCUCGCUUAAGCCACCCUCUCCCGCGAUUUCCUCAGAUGUUCACGUUGCAAGAGAAAAAAGCAGGCUGUCACUAGAUUUAAGUAUGAAUUUGAGAGAAACCGGCAACCAACGUUCUUCUUCGGUUUUACAAGAUGAGCUUGAUAUGCUACAGGAAGAAAAUGAAAGCUUACUUGAAAAGCUUCGACUUGCAGAAGAGAGGUGCGAGGACGCAGAGGCAAGAGGUCGACAGCUCGAGAAACAGGUUGCUACUCUUGGGGAAGGUGUAACUUUAGAAGCCCGUCUUCUAAGCAGAAAAGAGGCAGCCCUACAGCAAAGGGAGGCUGCUUUAAGGGUUGCGGAACAAACCGCUAGAAACGGUCUAAACAGCGAGAUUAUUACACUUAGGACAGAAGCUGAGACGGCGAGGGAUGAGGCAACAUCUGCUCUAGAGAACCUCCAUGAAGCUGAGAGAGAACUGAAGUCACUUCAAAUUGCAACCCAGAGAAUGAUUCUGACAAAGGAAGAGAUGGAAGAAGUUGUUCUAAAGAGGUGUUGGCUUGCUCGAUAUUGGAGUUUAUGUGUUGAACAUGGUAUCCAUGCUGAGAUUGCCAAGGCAAGAUAUGAAUACUGGUCAUCUUUAGCCCCUUUACCUGUUGAAGUUGUCUUAUCUGCUGGACAAAAGGCCAAGGAAGAGAAAAACAAUGAUUUAGAGGAAAUAGAGAGUGACCCAAGAGACUUGAAUAAACUUUCUGGGGAUGUGAACAUUGAGAAUAUGCUUUUAGUUGAGAAAGGCAUGAGGGAACUGGCUUCCUUAAAGGUAGAGGAUGCCGUGGCGCUUGCAAUGGCCCUAAGUCGACGCUUAAAUGCGAUCAGAUCUGGUUUGUCAGAUGACUUGAAACUACCUAUUGAAGGACAGUUUGAAGCAUUUGAAUUGAGCAAAGAGGAGUCGGACGAUGUACUAUUUAAGCAGGCUUGGCUUACAUAUUUUUGGAGAAGAGCCAAAAACCAUGGACUGGAACCAGAUGUAUCAGAGGAGCGUCUGGAGUUCUGGGUCAACCACAAUACCAAGCCGCCAACUUCACAUGACGCUGUCGAUGUUGAGCGUGGCCUGAUAGAGCUAAGGAAGUUCGGCAUUGAAAACCAAUUAUGGGAAGAAUCUCGGAAAGAGCUUGAGCUGGACACCAACCGCAAAAGACAGAGUCAGUCUGACUUCUGAU